CUUCCUUGUGUUUUUGUUUUCACAGAGCUGACGCUGAACCCACCAGAAGGGAUAGUAGCAGGUCCCAUGAAUGAAGAGAACUUCUUUGAAUGGGAAGCUCUGAUUAUGGGUCCUGAAGACACCUGUUUCGAAUAUGGGGUUUUCCCUGCUAUUCUGAGCUUUCCACUCGACUACCCAUUAAGUCCUCCGAAGAUGAGGUUCACAUGCGAGAUGUUCCAUCCAAACAUUUACCCGGAUGGGAGAGUUUGCAUCUCUAUUCUUCAUGCUCCUGGGGAUGACCCCAUGGGAUAUGAGAGCAGCGCUGAGCGGUGGAGUCCCGUGCAGAGUGUGGAAAAGAUCCUCUUGUCAGUCGUUAGCAUGCUGGCAGAGCCAAAUGAUGAAAGUGGAGCCAACGUAGACGCCUCCAAGAUGUGGCGGGAAGACAGAGAACAAUUUAACAAAAUUGCCAAGCAGAUUGUGCAGAAGUCACUCGGACUUUAAGCUCACAAAGAGACUGAGGUGUUUUGUAUUUCUCUCCACCUGAAAAGGAGCAGUGCUCAGUGCUGGUACCAAAAAGGAAAACUUUGCAAAACUAUUGGCCUAGUUCUUUUUAUCAUUUGUUAUUUAUUUACCAUGUCUUUUCUUCUUCCGCUGCUCCAGAGAAGCCUCUAGUUCACUCACAAAAUUAUGUGGAAAAGGGAUUUAAUCGUAGGGGAAAAAAUAUGGAGACAAUGCUGUUUCAAAGGCUGCUUGUUGCUACCUCACUUCGUGGUAUGGAAAGCUUGGAGACUUUGCAGUCUGCAGCCUGCCUCUGCCAAUCUG